CUGAAGCUGCGCGUGCCAACCACAGGAGCAUCCUUCCGCGAGAUCAGAAGGAGGAAUUCAGUUUUCGACGGUUGUACCGUUUAGGGAUGUUUCCUCAUGCUUCCUCUGGGUGUUUUUAAAGCUUUAAUUCUUUGAACAACAAGUAAAAUUCCACAGACGUGUCUGGAGACCUUUUAUUUCCUUUUUAUCGACGCUUCCUUACAGUUUGGUGCCGCCGCCUGCCUCCGCCGAUACCGCAUCCUUUAUGCACAGCACGCUGCUCCGGUCCUCCCAGACGAAACACACAGAGCACAAUGGUCCGCUCCAGCUGCAUUCACUGAGGGACAUGGAAGCUAAACAACACCCGAUAAAAAGCCUAAAGAGCUUCCCGGAGACUGGCGGCCGCAGCCUCUCAGCGGCUGCCGGUGGAGGGGGAGGAGGAGACGGAGGGUUUCGAGCCGGCUCUGCCGAAAUGGAGAUGGAGCUCAAGAUCCAGAAAGCUAUCGACUUCAAGACAGAGGGUCAUCGCUGCUAUAAGGAGAAGAAAUUCCGGGAGGCGAUAGGCAAGUACCACCGCGCUCUGCUCCAGCUCAAAGGCGUUCAUGUUGUUGACGGGACGACGAGCUCCGAGGUCAGCCUGCUGAGUCAAGCUGCGGCCAAGCUGACCGAGGAGCAGCGGAGAGCCGUGGAGAGCACCGAGAUCGAGUGCUACGACAGCCUGACAGCCUGUCUUCUACAAUCUGAGUUGGUAAACUACGAGAGGGUGAAGGAGUACUGUCUGAAGGUGCUCAGCCACCAGAGAGACCACUUUAAGGCCAUGUACCGGGCUGGUAUCGCCUUCUAUCACCUGGGCGAUUAUGAAUGUGCAUUACGCUACCUGCGGGAUGCUAAGAACCGCGAACCUACAGACACCAACGUGCUGAGGUACAUCCAGCUGACAGAGAUGAAGAUGAGCAAGAGUGGACAGCGAGAACGAGAGUGCGGCAAAGAGACCUAGGGCUUACCUUUUUUUAAACUUCGGACCCCUUUUUACCUUCGACCCUUUUGGCAAGUCUUCUCUGACCCUUCCCUUCCCCUUUCUUCUGACAGCAGCACAGACAGAACAGACGCAAUCACCCAGCUGGUGACACAAACGGGGCACAUAUCAAGCAACGUCUACUAGUUUCUCCUCUUUUCUCCCUCCAGUUUCUCCCUCAGGGGCUUUGGUUUUCCUCCCUAGACACAAUCAGUUGCCUAACAUGAAGACAAGAAAACCAAGUAAAAGAUAAAAACAAAAGACCAAACUGUAAUAUACUCAUUGAAACCGUUCUUAUGAUGGAGUAAAAAAGGAGCUUAAUAAACCCUCAUGGACAUUUGGAUGAGUCAGUAAACAUGCUUUUAAUUCCUGCUUUCUUGCUCUUAACUCUUUUUUUUUUCUUUCUGUCUACUGAAUCCAAACCCUGGUGGAGAAUUUUAGGGAUUGGGAAGCCAGACUACUCUGGCAGGAGGGAAGUGGUGUGUGAUCAUCUGGGCUAAGAUGCUUUAAAGCACAACGGUUGGGUGUCUGUGAGACACAUAUUAUGACUGCAGCCCAUUUUGAUUGUAUAUCCUAACCGAAUGGCUCUCCUCCGACCCUUAGACAGAACAGAAGAGAAGAGAAACUGUUCCAAAUCUGUUCAACCUGCCAUGCAUCUCAGUUUCUAGACUGUUUUUUUCAAUUCAAGGGCUAAAUCAAGUUUUUGUAAUUCUUAUUACAUUCUCUGGUUUCUGGUCAUGCUCAGUUCUAUUUUGAAAUGUUUGUUUGCAGCAAAUAGGAAAAAGUCUCAAGCGGUUCUUGCUGUUAUCGCUAUCGUGGAAAAAAGAAGUAAAAUGUGUCUUAAAUCCAUUGUCUGAAGCCGCUCCCAGAUCCUAUCCCCUCCGUUCUCGUUAAUGAUGUCACUAUGGAAAAUAGCCAGUGAGUUUAGGAGGUCCAUCAAACCUCCAUAAGCUUGUUGGACUCACACUUUUCUUAAUGGUCCAAUCUUUUACCGCUAAUGCUGAAUCUUCCCAGUCAUUGCUGAGACACAGAAGAGACUCUGGGCAGCAUUAUUGCAGGGAGAAAAUCUCUUCUAUCUACAUCGGUCCGAACCACAAAGCUGAAGCACUCUGCUUCCACGUCCUUUUAAAGCAGAGAGCCAUUUGAGAUUUCUCCUGCUUCCAGUUUGCUGCGUGCUAAUAAACAAGCAUGGCUGUCAGGGCAUGCUGCGUUAGCAUCACAUACUACUGACGGUACGGUAUGGUUAUAUCCAUUAUCGGCUGUCAAAACUCUGCAAAAAGCUCUGCUUCUGUUGAGACUUGUAAAACUUAAUCACUGAUCAUUUGUUUUGCAUUUUUCUGCAGAGGGUUGGAUUGAUCAUAGUUGAUAGCAUGACCUCAUUUACCCUCAACUCUGACUCUAUGAAACCCAGCUUUCCUUUGGUGCAAGCCACCAUUCUGCAUGUAAAGCGUGGCUCCUGAGGGUUAUUUCAGAAGACUUUUAUGCUGAAUUCAUUGGCUCUAUUUCUUUCUCUCAUGGCAUGCUGCCACUAAAAUGUUUGCUCAAGCGAUCUGGUUUUCUCCUCUCUAAACUAAGAAGGUGGAGAUUGUGAUCACAACUGCAGAAGAGGCAUAAAAUAACUCUAGAUAAGGCUUGUCUUUGCUAGUUUACAAAGGUGGAAAAUAAUUCCCCUGCUUUUAGAAACUCAGAGGAGAAAAUGCUGGGAAAGAGUUUCCCUCAAAGCUUAAUGUAUUGGCCUGGUAUAAGGUAGAGAAGGACCUACAGUAAGUGUGUCAGUGGCGCUCUGGAGAGACGACAUCAUGAGUUGAGGAGGCCGGCAUGAUACAUGGAGGCUCCGGGGGAAGGAGAAGUAGGCCAUCAGCUCGAGUUAAGCAGCUGCAGCCCUGCAGGAAAAUUCCAACCGAAUUUAUCUUUCAACACUACAUGACCAAAAAUAUGUGGAGACAAACGUAUUCUCACAAAAAAAAGACCUACAGUCAAAGUAUUUCAGCUUCCACUUACCAGGAAAUGUCUCCUUUAAGGAGUUGGUUUUAAGAUGCAGCAGGUUCAGAUGUUCAGUUACAACAAAAGUCCUUUUUUUUUCUUCUGUAAACUUAAAUAUAUUAUUAACAUGUUUUUCAGGGUUGCCUUCACUGGAGCAUGUAUGCAAAGUACACAGAGAGUUGUGAAAGUAUUCGUAUAACAUUUUUAAAUUCCAACCACAAAGUUCACUUUGUUUUAACACAAUGUGAUGUGACAGACCAAAACACAGAGCAGUGUGUAGUUCUGGAUGCAUUCAGUCCUCCUGAAACACGUUUUCCACAGAAUUUCAGCUGCUAGUUUUAAAAAAUAUUUCUCUACCGGCUAUCCGCAGAGAUUGGGGAUGUUGACGGCCCUUCUUAAACACGCUUAGCCAGAGUUGAUGCUUUGUCAAAAAGCAGCUCUUUGGGAUUGGACUUCGGCUGGACCAUUUGAUCUUUCCAUCAACUCUUUGUGGCUCCCUUGUCGCCUCUUGGGAAAAAGCAGCAUGAUGCUGUUUCCCUCUGCUGAUAUUGUUUACAGGUUGAUGAGUGAACAUAUAGGUCUCAUCUUACCUGAGCAGCUACUUCCACAUGUCUGCUGUAGGGUGGAAACUGGAAACACGAUCUAUGGCUUUCUUUCUUCUUGACCUUCCAUAAAAGACCAAAUUGUGGGGAGCAAGGAUUAUAGCUGUCAUGUCAACAGAUUCUCCCAGCUGAGCUAUGGAUCUCUUCAGCUCUCCCAGAGUUACCAUUGGCCACUCAGAUUAAUGCUCCCUUCGUCCCUGUUGGGUUUAGGUGGAUGGUCAUACAGGAGAGUCAUUUUCAUUGACCAAUGAGGUAACAUUCCUGACCUGUCUGCUCAUCUCCUUCAACCUGCUUUUAGUUCACUAAUGUUUGCUAAUGAACAGCAGGAAAUAAUACUGUUAUUAAAUAAAACAGGUGAAUGAUUAGGUGAAUUUUUACAGCAGUUAGUAAAACUGGAUUUCAUUCAGAGAUACACUGCAAAACAAUUAAAUCUAAGUUUAUUUUUCUUUAAAUAAGGGCAUUUUUUUCUUGAAUUGAGCAGUUAAGUGAUACACUUUGCCAAUGGAAUAAGGGAAUUUACAUUUAAAAUAAGAAAAAAACAACUGCAGUCUCUUAUUCCAAGAGCAUAAUAUCUAAUUAUCUAAUUGUAUACUUAUUACAAGAUUAGAAAUGCUCAUUCCAUUGGCAGAAUAUUUUAUUUACUGGCUAGAAUUAAGGGUAAAUACACUUAAUUUAAGACAUUUUUACUCAUUUUUUAAUAUCUUUAAUAUGUUUCUUCUGUAUUUCACAAGUAUAUCCUUUUUUGUGUUGGUCCAUCACAUCACAUCUCGGUUACAAAAAAAAAAUUGACGUGACAAAAUAAAAAAGUUCAAGUGUUAUAAGUACUUUUUAAAGGACUUCCUCCAUCCAUACAGAGGGCUGCUCUAAAGCGCCUGACACCGAUUUAUAGUCUGUUAGGGUUAAAGCGUUAGAUGCAGAAGGCUUUCUGUGCCUGUGCACUCUGCUGUGUGUUUAUGUCUCCUCAUUUCCCAGACGAGAUAAAUCAGCAUGGAAGGAGGCACCAGCAGGCUUGCUCUCCAUGGCUGCCUCCUCACCCACAGGGCCCCUCGGGGAUCGGUGUCCCCCCUUGUGGUCGUCUCUCCACGGCACCAGCUCAUCAUCUUGUUUUUGUCUGGUUGUGCUGAAGUCAUUUAGCUCGUCGUAGAAGUGGAAGGUUAACUAGCUAUCCGCCGAGCAGGUGUGUUGAUUACUGACAGAGCUGACUCUGAGGCUGUUCAUGGUAACUGAAGCAUAAUCCAACGCGUCGUGUGUGCAAACAGAGAUUCCUCAUCUCUUUGUCCGUACCGCUUUUAAAACAAUCAAAAAGCACAACAAAAAAAAAGAAAUAAAUGGCUGUGUUUUUUAUUCAUGUAUUUUUAUUUCAUUUAUUUAAUUUUAUAAAGCUUAUUUUUUACUUUUGAUGUCAUUCAAGGUAAAUGUUUGUCAAAUGUCAAAGUAGUUUUUGUGAAUAUAUAAAAUAAUUGUACAAAAAAUUACAGAUGGAAAGUUUUAUGGUUGUGAAAAGCUUUACUUUACCGAAUUACUUUAUCAACAGAAGAAAAGUAAGAGAUAAAAAAGAGACAAUUACUCCAGCUCCUCCUCAGAGCUUCAUCGUGACUGUGUCCGUAUUUGUUGGUAUUUGUCUUCCCGUCAAGGGAACCUAAAAUGACUUAGAGGGAGAGCACAGCCCCAGCUAAAGGAAAACACAGGAUUGGAGAACUGGUGGGCCUCACGCCUUCAAACUGUGUGUUUAAACAUGAAGGACAAGAAGCUGGUGACACGGCGCUAAGACUGCACUUUUGUCUCAAAUCCCUCUCAGGAGGCCAUUUUUCAUUUAACAUUCAAACAUGUGAGAGGCCUCCGUCACAGGUUUUAAUGAAAUGCAAGGCUGGGAAUGCACUAAUAACUGGUAUGAGAGG